CACCACUUGACAACUCCUCAUCAUCUGAUCAUUUGUACAUUUCUCCCUCAACUUCAACAGAAUUCAGGACGACUUGCCGCGGAUAGCAGUGACUCGCUAUUCCCACACACACUCCCCACUCUUUCAACAACAACCACAACCAAAAAUGCCUUCCUCCGUUCCUGAACCCAUCGCCAUCGUCGGCUCCUCCUGCCGGUUUCCCGGCUCGGCCUCCUCCCCCUCCAAGCUUUGGGACCUCCUCCGCCAGCCCCGAGACGUGCGGCGAGAGCUGAACACCCAGAACCUCAACCUCCAGCGCUUCUACCACCCGUCCGGGGACACCCAUGGCUCGACCGACGUCAAGGGCCAGGGCUACCUGCUGGCCGAAGACAGCCGGCUCUUCGACCCGGCCUUCUUCGGCAUCAGCCCCUUCGAGGCCGACACCAUCGACCCGCAACAGCGCAUCCUGCUGGAAGCCGUCUACGAGACCUUUGAGAGCGCCGGCUACACGCUGAGCCAGAUGCGCGGGUCGCAGACCUCGGUGCAUGUCGGCGUGAUGACCGACGACUACCACGACAUCCAGGUGCGCGACCUCGAGAGCAUCCCUCAAUACACUAGCACGGGGACCUCGCGGAGUAUCCUGGCGAACCGCAUCUCGUACGUGUUCGACCUGCACGGGCCCUCGGUCACCGUCGACACCGCAUGCUCCAGCUCGCUGGUCGCCCUGCACCAGGCGGUCCAGAGUCUGCAGCUCGGGGAGGUCAGCUGUGCGGUGGUGGGCGGGGUGAACCUGAUCUUCGACGCCGUCAUGUACGUUGCCGAGUCGAAGCUGCACAUGCUCUCCCCGGACUCGCAGUCGCGCAUGUGGGACAAGACCGCCAACGGCUAUGCGCGCGGAGAGGGCGCCGCCGCCAUCCUGCUGAAGCCGCUCAGCCAGGCCAUCCGCGACAAUGAUCACAUCGAGGGCUUGAUCCGGGGCAGCGGGAUCAACUCCGACGGCCAGAGCCAGGGUAUCACGAUGCCUACGUCGGCGGCCCAGGCGGCCCUCAUUCGGAGCACAUACGAACGGGCCGGCCUCGACCCCAUCAGGGAUCGGUGUCAGUACUUCGAGUGUCACGGCACGGGCACCGCCGCGGGUGACCCCGUCGAGGCGCAAGCGAUCAGUGAGGCCCUCCUCGGAGAGGAUGCAUCCACCGGCGCGAACACAGACGACGAGAACUCGCCACUUUAUGUCGGCUCGAUCAAGACCGUGACUGGUCACCUGGAAGGGUGUGCCGGUCUGGCCGGUGUCCUGAAGGCGCUGGUCUCCAUCAAGCAUCGCACCAUCCCGCCCAACAUGCUCUUCAAUGAGCUGAACCCCAAGAUUGAGCCGUACUACGGUCCCAUGCAGAUCGCGACCGCGCCCGUCCCCUGGCCCAAGCUCGCUCCGGGGGUGCCUCUUCGCGUGAGCGUCAAUAGCUUCGGGUUCGGUGGUACCAACGCCCACGUUAUCCUGGAUAGCUACGAGACUCCAGCACAGGAACCCAUUGAACCCGUCGCUGAAGGCAGUGCGCCACUCGGCCCCAUCGUGCUCUCCGCUCACUCCGGCGCCUCGCUCUUGGGCAACGCCGAGGGACUCCUGCAAUACCUGCAGGACAACCCGUCGGUGGACUUGUCGGAUCUCAGCUACGUGCUGCAGACCCGCCGAACGGCGCACCGGGCGCGGGCUUUCUUCUCUUCAUCCUCGCACCAGGGCUUGGUCAGCGGCCUGCAGAAGUUCAUCGCCGACAACCAGAAAGUGGUGAAGAAGGAGACAAUCGGGAUCCGCCACCAGGCCAUCAACCCCAGCGAGACGCCCGGCAUCCUGGGCGUGUUCACGGGCCAAGGCGCCCAGUGGCCUGGCAUGGGUCGCAUGUUGCUCGAUCACUCCCCGCUAUUCCGGGAGGUGCUCGACAGGUGCGAUGCCGUGCUGCAGGCGCUGCCCGACCGUCCCGAGUGGCUCCUCGUGGACGAGCUGCGCAAGCAUGCCGAUACCUCCCGCGUCGGCGAAGCCGCCGUCUCCCAGCCAGUGUGCACAGCCAUCCAACUCGGUCUCCUGGAAGUGCUGUUCGCUAGCGGGAUCGACUUCGACGCCGUGGUCGGCCACUCGUCCGGCGAGAUUGCGGCCGUCUACGCCUGUGGCAUCAUCUCCCUGGACGCGGCGAUGCAGAUUGCCUUCUACCGCGGCAAAUACGCGGGUCUGGCGCAGGGGCCGAACGGGGAGCGCGGCGCGAUGAUGGCUGUGGGAAUAAGCUACAAUGACGCGCAGCGGUUCUGCAGGCAGCCCGAGUACCAGGGCCGGAUUAGCGUGGCAGCCAGCAACGGCGUCCAGAGCGUCACUCUGUCCGGGGACAGCGACGCCAUCCAGCAGGCCAAGGAGCACUUCGACCGCGAGAACGUGUUCGCGCGCCAGCUGAAGGUCGACACCGCCUACCACUCGCACCACAUGCAGCGCUGCGCCGGCCCUUACCUCCAGUCCCUCGAGGCCUGCGAUAUCCAGGUCCGCCGCCCGCGCGACGGCUGCUUCUGGAACUCCAGCGUCCGCGGCGACACGGAGCUGCUGCGGGGAGACCUCCAGUCCCUCAAGGGACCCUACUGGGUUCAGAACAUGGUGCAGACGGUGCUGUUUUCGCAGGCGGUGCGCUCCUCGAUCUGGCACGGGGGCCCGUUCGAUCUGGCCAUCGAAGUCGGGCCGCAUCCUGCGCUGAAGGGCCCCACGGAGCAGACCCUGGAGUCCGCCUUCGGCACCGCUCCCUCCUAUACCGGUGUUCUCAAGCGUGGCGCCAGCGAUGUCGAGGCGCUGUUCGACGCGAUAGGCUUUACCUGGGCCCAUCUGGGACCGCAGUUUGUCAGCUUCGCGGGUCUCCGACGCUCCUUGGUGCCGGAGGGCAGUCGACGCGCCCCCAGGCUCUUGAAGGACCUCCCGUCGUACUCCUGGGACCACGACCGGGUCUACUGGCGGGAGUCUCGCAUCUCGGCGCGAUUCCGCAAGGGUACUGAUGUCUUCCACGAGCUGCUGGGCCGCCGCACGCCCGACGACACCGACCGGGAGCUGCGCUGGCGCAACGUCCUCAAGCUCAGCGAGCUGCCGUGGGUCAAGGGCCACGAGAUCAUGGGCGAGCCCCUGUUGCCUGGUGCCUCGUACGUGGCGCUGGCGUUCCAGGCCGGGCAGGCGAUCGCGGCCGGCAGGGCCGUGCAGUUGAUGGAGGUGCAGGACGUGGAGAUCCGGCGGCCCAUUGUGGUGCCGGACUCGCGCGAGGGCCAGGACACGAUCUUCACGGUGCGGCUGCUGGAGAGCGGCGACCCCAAGGUCAUCGAGGGACAUUUCUCCUACUGCUACUGCUCGGACCCCAGCACAGGCGCCAUGGUCCACACCUGUGAGGGCCGCUUGAUUAUUCACCUCGGCGAGGCUGAGGGCGACGAGCUGCCCCCCAGCGCCCCGGCGCCGCCCAACUUGCUCCCCGUCGACAGCGAGGAAGGCUACGAGGUACUGGCGCAGGCGGGUCUGAACUACACGGGCAUCUUCCAUCGCCUGCAGGACGUCGCACGCCGGCUGGACUUCGCCGAGGCCAAGGCCGAGUGGUCGGCCGAGGAGCUGCGCGGGGGUUACGUCGUCCACCCUGCGUUGCUGGAUGUGUCAUUCCAGAACCUGUUCCACGCCCGCGCGGACCCCAGUGCCGGGAAGCUGCCGACCAGCGUGUUGCCCGUGCAUAUCAAACGCGUGGCCGUGAACCCAAGGAUCACCCUUGGGGCGGAGGCCGGCACCAUCCGCACGGUGACCCAGUCGUUCAUCACGGCCCGCAACGGCCUGUCGCUCAGCGGUGACAUCCAUAUCUACGAUGGGGUGACCGGAGAAGCAGCGCUGCAGGUGGAGGCCCUCUCGGUGAAGCCCAUCGCGCCGCCGACGGCCGAGCAGGACCGCCGGCUCUUCUUCGACACCGUCUUCAUGGCCGACCCGUCGCUCUCGCUGCUUGAGCCGCUGCGUGACCCCGGCGACGUCGAGCGCGAUACCGCCCUCGUGGCCGACAUCGAUCGCGCCGUGCUCUACUACGUGCAGCGGGUGCUGGAGCAGGUUGACCCCAGCGAGGUGGCCGGGCUCUCGUGGUAUUUCCAGCGCAUGCUGGACUGCUUCGAGCACUGGGUGCAGGUGGUCCGCGAGGAUUCUCACCCGCUGGCCCAGAGCGGCUGGCUCGACGACCGGGUCGAGGUCAUCGAGGAGAUCUUCAACCGCUGGCCCGGCCAGAUUGAUAUCGAGAUCGUGCGCGCCGUGGGCGAGAACCUCAUGGACGUGCUGCAUGGCAAGACCCAGAUGCUGGAGGUCCUGAUGAAGGAUGACCGCUUCGGCCGCAUGUACUACGAGGGCUGCGGUUUCGCCGUCGUCAAUGCCGGCAUGCGCAACGUCCUGCAGCAGAUCUCCAACAAGUAUCCCCAGGCCAACUACCUGGAGAUUGGUGCUGGAACGGGUUCCACGUCUCACGCCAUCCUGCAAUCCAUCGGGAAGAGCUUCGACACCUACACCUACACCGACAUCUCCACCGGUUUCUUUGAGAACGCGGCCAAGCGCUUCUCGGAGUUUGCCAGCAAGAUGGUCUUCAAGACGCUGGACGUGGAGAAAGACGUGGUCCCGCAGGGGUAUGCCUUGCACUCCUACGACGUGGUCGUCGCCUCCAACGUUCUGCACGCCACGGGCAGCAUGGAGGUCACUCUCGCUCACGCCCGAUCGUUGCUCAAGCCUGGUGGUUUCCUGCUGCUGGUGGAGAUCACCGGCAUCGAGAUCAUGCGCAUCGGCUUCUGUAUGGCCGGCUUGCCCGGCUGGUGGCUGGGCGCGAAGGAAGGCCGCCGCUUCCACCCCGGCAUGACCACCGAGGACUGGGAUCGCACCCUGCAGGAUACCGGCUACUCGGGCGUGGACCUAGUCUACCACGACCUGCCAGAUGCCGAGAAGCACUGCAUGUCUUUCAUGGUCAGCCAGGCGGUCGACGAGACCGUGCUGCAGCUGCGUGAGCCACUGGGGUACAUCAACAGUGUGCCCCAGACCGACUCGCUGCUCGUCAUCGGCGGCCACACCCUCCCGGUCUCGAAGCUCACAACCGCCCUUCAACGCCAAGUCGGACCCUCCUGGCGCAGCCGCGUGGUGGUUGCCCGCGAUCUCGAGGCCGUGGAUUUCUCCCGUCUCUCGUCGCGCAUGGAUGUGAUGUGUUUGCAGGAGCUGGACGCCCCGCUGUUCGCCGCGCCAAUCUCCCAGAAGAAGCUCAAGGCCCUGCAGGCGAUUUUCUUGCGCGCGCUUGACGUGGGAACCCCGGUGCUGGCCAUCUCGCGUCUUGAUGCUUCUGUUGUGAGCGUGCCGCAGGUGGAUGUCAUCCCGAUUGACGAGACGGAUUGCGACGCACUUGUCCUCGAGAGACUGAGCGACCAGAUUUUCGCCGAUGCGCUGUUGAGCGCCGUCCCCGCUGGGCAGUCCGUCACUUUCUACCAGCCUCGGCGUGGUCUGGCCGCUGUCAUUGCUGCUACGGCUGAGCAGCGCGCAAUCGAGGUGUUCUUUGUGUGCUCAUCCACUACAGACGCAGAGGCUCGCAGUGAAUGGAUCCGGAUCCACCCCCACAGUUCUUCACGAGUCAUUCAAAGCCUGGUUCCUCGCCAGGACUCGAUCUUCGUGAAUUGCUCGGGUUCCACGGACUAUCUCGGAUCCAGUAUCCAGUCCGCGUUAUCAUCUCCUUGGGCAGUUCCAAAGCUGGACAGUGGAGUGUUCCAGAAGGGGCUCGAUCUCCUGCGAGCUGACGGCUCACUUGCUGCAGGAUACGCCGCUCUGCAAGACCGUCUCUUCACGUUGAAUGCAGAAUUGCCGGUGUCAGGUGAAAUCACUCUUCUGAACGUCGAUCAGCUGGCACGCGUUGAUGCUUCGAUUCUGCAAACCACACACAUCACCUCGUGGACUGAGGCAACUGACUCUCUGAGCCUGGUCGUCCAGCCUCCCGACCUGACUACUCUGUUCGAUCCCGCCAAAACAUACCUGAUGGUCGGCAUGGCCGGUGGGCUCGGCCUGUCGAUCUGUGAGUGGGCCCUGAAGCACGGCGUGAAGCACAUGGUCAUCACCAGUCGAAACCCGAACAUCCAUGCCCGCUGGCUGGCGGAUGCACGCCACAAGGGAGCGAACGUGCAUGUCGAGUCGAUGGAUGUCACGGACCGGGCGUCAGUGCAGUCCACGGUGCGCCGGAUCAAAGACACCCUGCCCCCCAUUGCUGGUGUCUGCAACGCGGCCAUGGUGCUGACUGAUCGCAUGUUCGUCAACAUGGACGCGGACGCAGUCAAUCGCGUUCUAAAGCCAAAGGUGGACGGCUCCAAGCACCUGGACGAGGUGUUUGCCGACACGCCCUUGGACUUCUUCGUUCUCCUGUCCUCUUGCGGUGCAACCAUCGGCACCCAGGGCCAAUCCAACUACCAUGCCGCCAACAUGUUCAUGUCCGCCUUGGCCGCUCAGCGUCGCGAGCGAGGGCUGGCCGCCUCGGUCGUCCACAUCGGCUUCGUCACCGAUGUCGGCUACACCACGCGGCAGGAGCGAGCGAUCUGGGAGAUCUUCGCUCGCCUGCAGUUCAAGUUUAUCUCCGAGAUGGACGUGCACCACGCAUUCGCCGAGGCCAUCAUCUCCGGCCGACCGGACAGCCACCGGCCGUGUGAAGUGGGCGUCGGUAUGGAUCCUCUGACGGAGCCCCUGCCGGCCGGCCACAAGCCAGCCUGGACCUCCGACCCGCGCUUCUCGCACUAUCUGCCAUCCACCAAUGUCCGGAACGAGGUGGUGGCUCGAUCGGGCCAGGAUGACCUCAAGGAGCGGUUCCGCGAGGUGAGCACCGAAGCCGAGGCUGUGGAGCUCGCGCAGGACGCGUUCUCGGCCAAGCUUGAAACCAUGAUGCAAUUGCCUGCCGGAAGCGUCUCGGUCCAGGUGUCGCUGAUCGAGCUGGGUAUCGACUCGCUCGUGGCCGUGGAGAUCCGUACCUGGUUCCUGCGCGAGCUGGGCGCCGACAUCCCCGUCCUCAAGAUCCUGGGAGGAGACUCCAUCGCUCAACUGUGCACCAACGCGGCCAAACAGCUGCUCGCCCAGCAGCUGGAGCAAACGGCCUCCUCCAAGGCAGAGGAGAGUCCAUCCGAAGCCCCGGAAACCGCCGAAACCAGCUCCCUCGGGGCCGCCGACCAAGAUCUGUCGUCUGCGAGCAGCUCUCCCAGCGUCGUUGAUCCCACCGACGAAAAGGACGGCCACGAAGCCGGGGUGAACGUAGGACAAGACCCCCUCCUCCCCGAUGUGCGACGCGACGCUGACGAUGAUGACUAUGGCCAAGGUAUAAUCGAGAGCGAACGUCUCUCGUCUGGCCAGUCGCGGAUCUACAUUCUCUCGCAGUUCCUCAACAACCCGACCGCGUACAACCUCAUGUUCCAGUUCGAGAUUGACGGCCACCUGGACAUGGAGCGCCUCCGCAAUGCGCUCGCCCUCACCAUGCAGCACCAUCAGUCCCUGCGCACGUGCUACUUUGUGCGCGAGGAGGACAAUCAGCCCAUGCAGGGCGUGCUCGUCUCCCCAAUCGUGCGCUUCCGCCAUGUCGCCGACGCGACGGCCGACGACAUCGCCGCGGAGGCGACUUUAGCCAAAACCCGAGUCUGGGACCUCGCCCGGGGCGAGACCAUGGAGAUGGCGGUGCUCUCGACCUCCGCGCAGUCGCAUACCAUCAUUCUUUCCUAUCACCAUAUCAUCAUGGACACCACCGGCUGGCGCUUCUUCAUCCAGGACCUGUCCGCCGCCUACCGCAUGGAGCCCCUCCAGCACACCAGCAAGACCUAUCUGGAGUACACGCGCCGACAGUUCGAGCACCAGCAGACCGGCCAGUUUCAGGCGCAGCUGCAGUACUGGAAGAACGAGUACUUGACCGUGCCCCCGGUGUUGCCCUUGCUGCCCAUGUCCAAGACCAAGACGCGGCCCAGCACGCAGGACUUCCGCACCACCUACGAGUGGCAGGAGAUCGGGCCAGAGGUCGCGCAGGCGCUGAAGGCCGCGUGCCAGAAACUGCGAAUCACCGCCUUCCAUUUCCACCUGGCGGUGUUCCAGGUCGUGCUGUCGCAGCUGGCAGGCACCGACGACCUCUGCAUCGGGGUGGCGGAUGCCAACCGGCUGGACGACGACUUCGCCGACACGGUGGGAUUCUUCAUGAACAUGCUGCCGGUGCGGUUCCGCGUGUCCCCGGACGCGCGGUUCGCGCAGAUCGCGCAGACGACGGCGCGCAAGGUGCUGGGCGCGGUGCAGAACUCGGCCGUGCCGCUGGACAUGAUCCUGGACGAGCUGCACGUGGCGCGCUCCUCUGCCCACACCCCCUUGUUCCAGGUCGCCGUCAACUACCGGCUGGGCGUCGUCAAGAAGAUCCCCUUCGCAGGCCACUUCCUGACCAUGGCCGACGUCCAGGAGGCGAAGAACCCCUACGACCUCAGCUUCGCCAUCAUCGAGUACGGCGCCGACGGCUUCGUCCUGGAGAUGGCCUGCCAGGAGUCCCUGUACGACGCGGCCGCCACCCGCACCAUCCUGGACACGUAUGUGCGCGUGCUGAAGGCCGUGGUGGCAAACACCUACACUCCCGUCGCCGACGUGCCCAUCCACGCUCCCGACGCAGUCCUGGCGGCCCUCGAGCUCGGCCAGGGCCCUCGAGUGGACUUCCACUGGCCUGAGACGCUGUCGGAGAAGGUCCAGCUUGCGCAGGAAGCCCAUCGGGAGCAGAUCGCCAUCCGUGACGAGAGUCAGGCGCUCACAUAUGCUCAGCUCGCGGAGCGGGUUUACGCGAUCGCUGCGGCUCUGCAGGCUGCAGGUCAAACGGCUGACUCCCGGGUCGCUGUCGUGUGUCAGCCCUCGGUCGACUUCACGGCCUCGAUGCUCGCUAUUCUCCAUAUCGGCGCGGUCUACAUCCCGCUGGACGUCAGUCUGCCACCGGCACGGCAUGCGGCCAUCGUCGCCAGUGCGCGGCCUAGCGUGGUGCUCUGCCAUGAGGCCACUCUCGAGCGCGCUGGCCAGCUCGGCGCCGGAGAGGAGAAUCUCGCCUUGCAGGUCAUCAAUGUAGAUGAGAUCGAGGCUGCUGUCAAGGAGACAAUCCCUUGCACUGCACAGCCGCAAUCGCCCGCCGUGCUCCUGUACACGAGCGGCUCGACCGGGAAGCCGAAGGGGGUGGUACUCUCGCAGAGCAACUUUGUCAACCACAUUGCGCUGAAGAUCGAGGCGCUGGAUCUGCGGCCGGGACGCGAGACCGUGCUGCAGCAGAGCUCGCUGGGUUUCGACAUGUCGCUGAUCCAGACCUUCUGCGCCCUCUGCACGGGGGGCACGUUGGUGAUCGUGCCGUACGAGUCGCGGCGCGAUGCGCUCCACAUCACCCGGCUGAUGCACCAGCACCAGGUCACCAUGACCAUUGCCACGCCCUCCGAGUAUCUGACCUGGCUGCACUACGGGCGGGACUCGCUGGCCGAAUGCGCCGGCUGGCGGUGGGCGUGUAUGGGCGGCGAAGCGGUCCAUCGCUCCCUGCUGCACGAAUUCCGGCGGCUGGGCCUCGCAUCCCUCUCGUAUCUGAAUUGCUACGGUCCGACGGAGAUCACCGCGGCGGCCACCUUCCACCGCAUCUCGCUGGAGACCGGGGAGGAGGAUGAGCCUGAAUCCCAGAGUACGGUCGGCAAAGCUCUGCCCAACUACGCGCUGCGGAUCGUCGACGCGGCGGGCCGGCCUCAGCCGGUCGGGUUCCGCGGGGAGAUCUGCAUCGGUGGCGCCGGGCUGGCGAUGGGCUACUGGGCGUCGCCGGAAGAGACCGCGAAGCGGUUCGUCACGGACCGAGCAUCGCCAUCGACAAGAUGGUAUUGCACGGGCGACCAGGGUCGAUUGACGGCAGAUGGUACGCUGGUUUUCCAGGGUCGGCUGGAAGGAAGCACGCAGGUCAAGUUGCGCGGGCUCCGGAUCGAGCUGGAGGAGGUGGAAGGAGCUCUGCUGCAAGCAGGGGCGUCGCUGUUCUCGACGGUCGUGGUCACCGUGCGAGACGACGUCCUGGUGGCCCAUGCGACGACGGUCGGUGACCGGACAGGUGUGAUCGAGCCGGCGGUUAUCGCGGACUUGUUGGCGAACCUGCCUCUGCCGCAGUACAUGUGUCCGGCCCAGGUGGUCAUUGUCGACGAGUUGCCCCGUACCAGCAAUGGCAAGAUUGACCGCAACGCCCUGGCCACCGCGCCGCUUCCUUCGGCGUCUCGUUCUGGUGGUGAUGCCAGUCAGCACGGUACUGCACCUAAGCUGAGUCUUCGUCAGGGCGAGCUCCGCAUUCUUUGGGAGAAGGUCUUGCCGCCGACCAGGCACGCGCUGACGGCCGAGUCGGACUUCUUCCUCGAAGGCGGCAACUCCCUGCGGCUGAUCAAGCUGCAGCACGCCAUCAAAGAGGCGAUGGCGGUCUCCAUCUCCACCCGCGAGCUGUACGAGACCUCGACGCUGCGCCAGAUGACCGCGCGGAUCGACUUCCAGCGCGAGCACCAGGUCAUCGAGAACGAGGCCAUCGACUGGGAGGCCGAGACAGCCGUUCCCAAGUCUCUGGUGACCGCGGCGCGGAACGCCAGCAAGCACUCUGCCGUCCGCAGGAACGACGAUCAAGCCAUCGAGGUGCUCCUGACCGGAGCCACGGGCUUCCUGGGUGGAUGCAUCCUGAACGAGCUACUGCAGGACCCUCAGGUCCACAAAGUGCACUGCGUGGCGGUCCUACCCGACGAGCAGCGCUACCUGCCGGCCCAUAACAAGAUCGUCACCUACACGGGAAGUCUGUCGUCUUCGACGCUGGGGCUCAAUCCGUCCGAGUCGCUCGCGCUGCAGGAGGCCAUCGACGUGGUCAUCCACGCCGGCGCCAACGGCCACUGCCUCAACAACUACUCCUCCGUGCGCCAGGCCAACGUGCAUUCCACUCAGUUCCUGGCGUCCCUCUGCGCCCCGUCCGCCGUUCCCCUGCUCUACAUCUCCUCCAACCGAGUGCCCUUGCUCGCAGCCAACAACACCGCCCCGGUACCGGGUCCCGUGGCCGCCGAGCCGCCCACCAACGGCACUGAAGGCUACACGGCGUCCAAGUGGGCCAGCGAGCAAUUCCUGCAGCGGGCCUCGGCGCUGACGGCGAUGCCCGUGGAGAUCCACCGCCCGUGCGUGGUGAUCGGCGACCAGGCGCCGACCUCGGACGCACUGAACGCGAUCCUGCGCUACUCGCUUCAGAUGAAGGCCAUCCCGCGUUUCGCCAACGUGGAAGGGUACUUUGAUUUCAAGCGGGUCGAGGAGGUGGCGCGCGAGUUGACCACCGCCGCUGUCGAGAUGAGUCGUCAUCGCGGCGCAGGGCCGCAAGAAGAAGGGUCUCAGCAGCAGCAGCAGCAGGUGCGCUUCCGGCAUCAUUCGAGCGGCAACAAGGUCGCGUUCCCGGCCAUGGUGGAGCACAUGCGCACGUUGUAUGGGGAAGAGUUUGCGGAGAUGGAGUUUAUGGAGUGGAUUGCGCGGGCCCUCGAGGAGGGGAUGGAUCCCUUGAUCUCCAUCUAUCUGGAGAGUUUGGUGGAGAAGGGCGAGACGCUCCGGUUUCCGUAUAUGGGCGAGACGCUGGCUGUUUAG